AAAGUUUGGCCCUAACUUUGUGAGUUAUUCUAAAGUUCUUAAGUUGUAGUGUAAAGAUUUUGCCAUCGUGAUUGGUAGAGCUUGAACUGUAUCAGCCAAUCAGAUUUCAACAGUGAUGUCACUUGCCGGGGUCAUCUUCAGAGUAACGGCAUGUCUAUCUGCGAUGACACCCUCCUGUGUAAUUUCCCAAAGUGUCGCGCUAAGCUGAGCGCCUUCGCUUGGGUCACAGCGUGCUCACAUGUUUUCUGCGAUCAGCACGGAUCUGAGAAGUUCAGCCGUUCUCCCGUCAUCUGCCCUGCGUGCUCGUCUGCACUGUCUGGAAAGCUGGACGUUGUGAGGAUGGAGCUGUCACCCUCUGAGGAGUAUAAAGCCAUGGUGCUGACAGGUCUGCGACCAGACAUAGUGCUGGACAUCAGUUCCCGUGCUCUGGCCUUCUGGAGCUAUCAGGUGCAUCAAGAGCGUAUCUAUCAAGAGUACAGUCUGUCACGGGCCGAAUCACAGCUGAAGCAGAUGGAGAAGUUCCUGACUCAGCAGAACCAGAGCAGAGAAAUGGAGCUUACUGCCUUGAAAGGAGAAAUCGCCUCCCUGAAGAAAAUGAUGGACGAGUACAAGAGGAAUUACAGCGAGAUGUCUGAGAAGCUGAUGCAGAGAAACCGGCAGUACCAGAAACUACAGGGGCUGUACGACUCUCUGAGGAUGCGUAGCAUGGUGGUGGGUGCUGGAGGAAGACAUACAGAGCAACAAAUGGGACAUCAAGACUACAACGCUGAUAAUAAUGCCGGGGUGGCUCAGCAUGCGACUCCUCAGAGGAGCCCUCCGUUCCUGUCCCUGGGCCCUGAAGGGGACGGUCGAUUCUUGUCCACCGUGGAGGCUGAUGGAGGAAAGACCUUCUUCCAGUUCAGCUCCCCUGGCAGGGAUAAAUGCCGGCCCUUCAUCAGGAAGCACUGAGAGCAGCAGUCUGCAGUUAUCCAUGUUACUCUCCUCUGUUCUGCUGUACUCACUUUAGCAGGAGACGUUUGCCCUUUUUUUGUGCACUGUUUAUUUCCUGUUCAAACCAUACAUAUGUAUUUAACAGUAUUAACAAAUAUGGGAUUUAAUUUUAUAUUUUGUUACAUGUUAUUCCUAAGUAAAUAAUAAAAAUCCCAAGCAUAUUUUCACAGAGUUAUGUCUUACACAUAACACUUAUCUGUCUCUUAACAAAAAGCUUUCAGGUGCAAUCGCUUUUUCCUCAAUUCUGUAUUUAAAUGUAGGAUUAUAAAGUAAUGAAGAGUUGUCUAAAAAGGCCAAGUGGAUUACUGUAAAGCUUUAAAAGAAAAAGUACAAAUGGAUGAUUUCACAUUUCUGUGUCAUCAGAUUCACAUAAUGAAUAUUGAUGAUUUGCAACGAUCAUUAAGAAACAGUAUAGGUGGUCAGUCAGAGGAUUUAUUAGAGAAAGAGACACAACACCACUGGAUCCUCAAAGUUUCAUAACAUCAGAGACAGUGGGAGAAGAAAAACUUAAGGGGAAGAGAGAUUUUUAAAACUUUAUUUUGGGACAAAGAUUUUAUGGGAUUUUUCAGGUUUAUUUAUCAGAUUCUGCUCUCUCUCUUUUCCACUACAUGCAGCAUGACUAUUUAAAUUUAUCAAUUAACUACAUAAUGCUGCAUAACGCUUUAUGCAGUGCUGUGGAAAUUUAAUAGCAAUAAUCUGAAGUAAUCAUUUCCUGUAUGACCUUAUCAGCCUUUCCUGUUGUUGUGGAGGAAUUUUGGCCUACGCUUCUUUAUAGCCAUGCUUCAGUUCAUUGAGGUCUGGACUUUGACUGAGUCACUGCAUAAUCGUGUAGUCCUGUAGAAAACCUUUCAUUUUCAUUUUCAGCUUUAAACAAAUCUGGUUUAAACCUGAGCUGUGAUCAGUUCUUUAUUGAGAUCGAAGAUGUGAUGUGAAUGAGUUUUUCACUGCAAAACCAAAGCAGUACAAGCCAGACCAUAAAAACGGGUUUGUGGAGACAUGAUGAGUUACAGUGGAUAGACAGCAUGCUGAAAGUUGAUCAUCAGGCCAUGUCACAACUUAAAAAA